AUGAUCGAUAGGCAACGGCUGAUUCCAAAUCUCAAAGAACAAUUGACCAACGUUGUCAAAGUAUUGACUCAGAAAGAUAGAGGUUUACAAAAAACUCGUAGAGAAAAAAUCCACGAUCUAGAUCAAGUAAAACCUGGUGAUCAUGUUAGUUUUUAUAAAACAGAUUUUUAUUAUGCACAUCAUGGUAUCGUCAGUGAAGUACGUGGUAAACAACUACAUAUGAUACAUUAUUUUAAUACAUUAGAACAUGCACGUAGUGCAUUGAUGAAAGGUUCAAUUUAUAUAGCGGCUAUAAUUGAAAGCGAUUGGCGAGUCAAUAUUAAGAGUACCACUGAAGAUGUUUAUUUACAUCACUAUGAUGAUAUUCCAUGUUUUUCGAAUGAAGAAACACUUCAACGAGCUUAUGCACAACUUGGAAAACGUGGUUAUUCAUUGUUGGGAAAUAAUUGUGAACAUUGGGCUAGAUGGUGUCGGACCGGUGAACAUUACUCUGAACAAAUUGUUACAUUUCGAGGUUUAGUUAAAAAAAAAUCAGCAACAUUAUUAAUUAUCGAUCCAACAGCAUUAUUAGUGAAAGAUAUAGCAUUGAUAAGUGUUCGAACAUUUGGACAAUUUUUGAGUGCAAUCGGAUCUGGCAUAAUUCUAACUGCCGUUGAAUCUAUUUCAGCAUAUAUUGACAUCAGUAAAAAGAAAGAUCAAAGAAAAAAAGGAACUUUGAGUGAUGUUGCUCUUAAAAAAUAUGUUGUAAGACGUAUAACAUCGGCAUCAACAACUAUUAUCGGUGGAACUGCUGGAACAAUUGCUGGUACAAUAUUGAUUCCAGUACCAAUACUUGGCGCUACAGUUGGCGGUGUAGUAGGUAGCGUUGGUGGAAAACUUAUUGGUGAUGUCUCAGGUAUUGCCCUAUCGAAAAUUCUUGAAGUUUACGAAAAAAUCAAAGAAUCAAAAAUAAAAAAGAUGUCCACAAUUCCUCAAUUAAUGAUUAGCAUUUCACCGUCCAGUGAACUUGUGCAUGGUUUAAUGGCACUUACAUUUGAACAGCAACAAGAAGAAGAACAUAUAGCAAAAGUUGUUCAAGAAGCAAUUACUGUUAAGUCAUCAUCAAAUUCACUUUAUCCAUCAUUAGAUGAAUUUAUAAAUGAUCAUUCGAAUAUUACUCAAGAAAAAUAUGAAAAAACGAGAGAAUUAGCAACUGAACUAUUCGUUGAUGAUAAUUCAGUGGAAUAUUUUGUUUUAACUCCCCUGCCGGAUUCAAAUUCACCUGAAGAGUUUGCAUCAUCAACAGAUCUGCUUGUACUUCGAUGGCCAACAGAAAUAAUUAAGCCGUGGGAAUCUGGCGAAGAAACUGUAUUAGAUAUAAACGAUUUAAAUAUUAACAAAGAAUGA